UAUAAAUAAGACUGAUAACGGCAAUCGGUACAUUUGUGUAUUUUUUUCUUAAGCGACCUAGUCGCCAUGGUUCGUACAAUCUGUGUGGUUUUGCUCAUCGCUGCAGCUAUGGUAUCUGCAGCACCAAACGGUAAACCACAUUACGAUUUAGACGAUGCCCCGGAACUUUUCGAGAAAUUCAUAAGGGAGCACCACAGAGUCUAUAAAGAUGAUGCAGACCGUGCAGAACAUUAUAAAGCAUUCUUGAAGACCCUCAAUGUGAUAAACGAUUCUAAUAGCGACCCACAACAAACUGCGACGUUCGACAUCAACGAAUUUGCUGACUAUACUCCGGAAGAAGAAAAACAUCUGUAUGGAUUAAAAGACAUGAACGACAUGGAUUGAGGAUCAGAAAAACAUUAACAGAGAAUAUAAUGCAACAAACUUUCCUGUAUUAUUAACAAUAAAAGCAUAAUAUUAUGUUUAUUA